AUGGACCACCUGCUGACAUCUGGAGCACCGCCUGCAUGGAUCACAUCGCUCACAAUCAUCGAGCUGCUCGGCCCGAUCCCUCUGCCCUUCGCUCUGUCUGGCAGGUACUCCAGAGAGUACUUCAACAGGAGAGGUGAGCUGCGUCACAUCUCCAGCCUGAAGCCGUGGGGUCUUUUUGAGGUUCUGCUGGAGAAAUACGAGUGGCCGCUGGAUCAGGCGGCUCAGUUCAGUGACUUCCUGCUGACCAUGUUGGAGCUGCAGCCUGAACGCAGAGCGACUGCAGCGCAGUGUCUGCAGCAUGCAUGGCUGCGGACGUGAACACACACACACACACACACACACACACACGGUCAGUGGUUGAGGGUUCGGUUGUUCGAAGUGUUUCUGUUAUUUCAUGUGAUGUGGGAAAUUGUGACGUUGACUGACUGACAGCUCUGUGGUGUGAUUCCUAAACUGAUGGAUGGAUGGAUGGAUGGAUUGGCUGUGCAGGGAGAAGCAGGUUUCAUUGAGGCUGAACCCACGUGUCCCUGUUAACCCUGCAGUGCCUGUGGUGUGUUCGCUGUCAUCCUGUUAAAGUGUUUCUUCUGUUUAUUUACUCACAUGUUCAGGUCCCACACGCACAGUGGGUUCAUUGGUUUUCCUCAGGGCUGAUGACAUCAUCGUGUCACACAGACCAAUAGUGUCUGAUUUUCAUGAAUGAACUGAAUCAUAUCUCUGACGUGUCACCUCAGUGUUUACUCUGGAUUCUUCUGUUCAGUCUCAGAUCAGCAGCGUGUGUGUGUGAGUGG